UCCCCCCCGGCCCGGAUGGUCUGUCCCGGGCGGGCCCACGUGCGCUGCGCGGGCGGGGGUGAGAGCCCCAUGGCCGGGCUACCGCGGCUGGUGCUGCUGCUGAGCGGCAAGAGGAAGUCGGGCAAGGACUUCGUGGCGGAGGAAAUACAGAACCGGUUGGGGCCAGAUGUCUGCGCCAUCCUCCAGCUGUCGGGACCCCUCAAGGAGCAGUAUGCCAAGGAGCAUGGGCUGGAUUUCCAGCGCUUGCUGGACGCCAGCGAUUACAAAGAGACCUACCGGAAGGACAUGAUCCGCUGGGGGGAGGAGAAACGCAACACAGACCCAGGCUUCUUUUGCAGGAUCGUGGUGGAGGGUGUAACGCAGCCCGUUUGGGUGGUGAGUGACACGCGGCGCCUGUCGGAUGUGGAGUGGUUCCAGGACGUGUACGGGGCCACGGUGCAGCUGGUGCGGGUGGUCGCGACGGAGGAGACGAGGAAGAGGAGGAACUGGGUGUUCAUAGUGGGGGUGGACAACGCAGAGUCCGAGUGUGGCCUGGACCAGGGCGUGACCUUCGACUGGGUCAUCACCAACGACGGGGACGAGCUCUCCCUGGACAGCCAGCUGGAGAAGCUGCUGCACUUCAUCUACAGCAAAUUAUAGCAUCCUGCAGCGGGAGGAGAGGCCAGGUGCAGCCCAGGGCUUGGACCAAAGAAAAUGUCGCAGGGGGGAGGGGUCCAGAAAGCCCCAUCCAGGCUGGGACCCCGCUAUGGGAGGCGCUGCAGGUGGAGGGCCAGGCCAGACUCCAUUCCAUGAGGGCAGAAGGCCAGUUCCUGUGGGUCUUUUCAGAGCCCAUUCCAGGGGGUUUGCACUCUGCCCUGCUGCAGGUGCCGUUCAGCCUCUCGCCCUGUGGGACCACCCUGCACUGAGACCAAACAGAGGACCCCAGAGCAGGUCCCUGGGCCCUUGCCCUGUCUUCAGCUUCCGGGGCAAUCCCUCUCCCCUGGGUGGGACCCAGAGCAGGGGCUCUGCUGUAUAACAAGCUGUAGCUGCGCUGUCUGCCCCCAGAGGGCGAAGUGCCCACCGCUCUGGUCAGGGGUUCUCAAACGCUUUGUUCUGGUGACCCCGUGUGCGAGGCUGACACCUCGCGACCCCCAGGUUGAGAACCCCUGGCUUUGGCCCAGGCUGCUCGAUCCCAUCUCACCAGGUCCCUUUGCAUCCCUGCUCAUUGGCAGCGUGGCCUGAGGCUGCCAUCGCCUGCCCAUGAUGCCCAGCACCACUGCCCCUUGCUUAGCUGUCAGCCUCCCUGCACCACUGUGCCCAGGCAGCUCGUGCCCCAUGUGGCGGCGGCUAUCUGUGCCUUGCUGACAGGCGGGGUGGGAGGCUGUCGUGGGUGCCCAUAUACCAGCCUGCUCCACUCUGCACUGCUUUCUGGGUCACGGGGACCCGGAGCCGCCCAUGCCUAUCCAUCUUGCCUGCUGCAAACCCCCGCUGGGAACGUAGCUCCCCCUCUGGGUGCGCUAAUCACGGCCCACAGCGCCAGGACAGGUGUCGAUACGAGGGAAGCCAGAGCAAUGAGGUGUCGCUGCCCCUGGAAUAAAGCUGACAGGUGAGAAACGC